CACCCACUCUCCGCCUGUACUCUGAUAAGCAGGAAACAGAAGUCAUUUUCCUUUCAAACUGGAAGACACAGAAAGAUCUACUGUGUAUUGAAAAUAAGGAAAUUGGUUCAAAGAGCUGCUGCAGGAAGAGAAACACCUGGAUACUGUAAAAACUUGGCAGAAAAUGUUUUCCGUAUCAGAUGAGAAUUUAUCUUGUCCUGUCUGCCACGACAUCUUCAAUGAUCCAGUUGUCCUGUUAUGCAGCCACAGCUUUUGUAGAGUCUGUCUCAGUAACUGGUGGAAGGGUAAGAGUGUGUUUGAGUGUCCGUGCUGCAAAACCAAAUCACCGAACAACAACCCACCUCGUAACCUGGCCUUAAAGAACCUAUGUGAGGCUGCUCUUCAGGACAAAGAACAGAGAAGUUCCACUGGGUCUGAAGUUCUCUGCUCCCUGCACUCUGAGAAACUCAGACUCUUCUGUCUUGACCACAAGGAGGCAGUGUGUCUCAUUUGCAGAGACUCAAGGAGACACACCAACCACAGGUUCAGACCCAUCGAUGAAGCUGCCAAUGAGCAAAGAGAAGAGCUGCAGAAAUUCCUAAAACCUUUGCAAGGGAAGCUCGUCUUUUAUAAAGAACUGAAAGAAAACUGCGCUCAAUUGGCGAAACAUGUGAAGGUCCAGGCCCGACACACGGAGAAGGUGAUCAAAGAGCAAUUUCAGAAAAUUCAGCAGUUCCUAAAGAAGGAAGAACAAGCUAGGCUGGCUGCUGUGAGGGAGGAGGGGGAGCAGAAGAGUCAGAUGAUUAAUGAGAAAAUUGAGGCUCUGAACAAACAGAUUGCAGCGCUUUCACAAACAAUUACAGCCACAGAGAACGAGUUAGAGGCUGGAGAUGCCGCUUUACUACUUAAUUACAAAGCUACAGUGAAAAGAGUCACGCAGCGAGACCUGAAGGACGACCCAGAGCUGGUCUCAGGAACUCUAAUAGACGUUCCUAAACACCUGGGAAACCUGACCUUUAAUAUCUGGCUUAAGAUGAAGGAGAUGGUCUCCUACAUUCCUGUUAUUUUGGAUCCAAACACUGCAGACCCGGAGCUCAUUGUGUCUGAGGAUUUGUCCGGUGUGAGAUCAGGAAGACGUCAACCACUACCAAGAAACCCAGAAAGAACAAAAUUCUCCUGCUGCAUUCUGGGCUCUCAAGGAUUCAGCUCUGGCUCUCACAGUUGGGAUGUUGAGGUUGGAGACAACAAAGACUGGGAGCUCGGUGUGUUAGGAGAGUACAUCCAGAUCAACGAACGCAUUCAGCCUGGGUUAUGGAGACUUUUGUUUUCCAACGGGAAACUGUCAGCAUUCUCCACUUCAGGCUCUGAUGAGGAAGUUCUACUGAAGACGCUGCAGAGGGUCAGAGUUCAUCUGGACUUUGACCAACAAAAGCUGUCAUUUUUAGACCUCAGCACUAACAAAGUCAUACACACCUUCAAACACACUUUCACUGACACAUUGUUCCCAUACAUUUACACUGAGAAUCACCCUUUGCUGAAGAUUUUACCUGCGAAGGUCAACGUGACCCUGGAGAAGGAGACUUACGAAUGAUGCUGCAGUGAUCGCACUGGGAUUACAUGUAGCAGGAUUAAUAUUCCAGGUUUAAUUUGAUCCCUUUAUCAGGAAUGGCCACUGCAGUAGUCUGCAUAGCAUUGAUUUCUACACCAGACUGCACCACUCCAACCCAAUGACAGAUAAUGGUGAAAUAUUAAAUUACCUUAUUUGGUUACAUUAAAACAUUUAGUGAGAAUUCUCCUUAUAAUAUUUUGGUGGUGGUAAUGAUAAAGGGAAGAUUUUGGGGAAGAUUUAAGAUAUAACAAAUAAACAUAAUGAUUAAUUUAUGUGGUUAUUAUUAAUAAUUAAAUCCAUGUAUUCAAUUAAUUUAA